GAAAAGGUGAAAGUAUCGAUAAUAUUCGAAGCUCCAUACAACGUGAUGAAAGAUUUGAUAUCUGAGCGACGGUUCAACUCACUUCAAAGACAAUCCACUGUGGAUGCGUUUAAAAGCGCUAUUGCAAAAGAUUUUGAAACGAAGUGUACUCAGAACACGACUUUGAAUCGAUUCUGUGAAUAUUGGCGAUUGCUGUGUGAUUUAGAUGAGGGCAUCUGGCAAAAAUGGAUGCACACUCACACGAUUCGCAUGCUUCUGGUGCACGAUCAGCGAUUGCCGUCGAAUCUGUUUACGAGACCGAAUGUGCUCAAUGCUGAUUACAACGCAGUGACGUGCAAUGUGGCACUCAGCAACCUGCAGGACACACUCUCACGUAUCACCUCGUUCCAGUUACUCAAACGACUCUCUUACGUCAAACUUCUCGAAGCAGGUGACUUCAAUUUCAAUGUUAAAAAGACAUUCUUUUACAUAAUACGACAAACAAUGGAACCACCUUGUGUCGCACUGAAGAUCGCAUUCCUUGGUGGAGUGAGUGGAUCCGUCAGAAACAAAAUAAUAAACGAGAUCAUAGCAGCCGUUGAAGCGAUCACCAUCGAUCGCUGUAAAUAUUUCACUGUAAUGAAAGAGUUCUCAGACGCACGCGAUGACCAGUCCACUUAUUUCACUAAAAAUUCGAAAGGCAAUGCAGUUAUCUUACUGAAUCGACCACUGGAACGCUUCCUGGUUCGGUACGAUAAAAUACCGAUGUGCAUUGAACUGAGCGAUUAUGUGUCACUGCGCGAUCGCGAUAGCGCAGUGGUGGUUAGCAGUGCGGGGUGCGAAGAAGGGUGUCGGGUUAGCCGUCAGAUUUGGCAGUUGCAAAAGGCAUUUCCAUCCGCAUUCUCAGUGACAAGUGCGUCUGCGGAAUACAUUUUGAAUACCAUUUUGAGAAAUGGUAUUAUGAAUUUAAUACGAGAGGUGGACAGCAGCAGUGCGUCUGAAGAGGAUUCAUCUCAAAAGAUGAACACUAAAUCAAUGCAACAAUACAUAAUAUUCCCACCGUCGAAACUGGAUUAUCACCAGACUCUGACCACCAAUCAGUCAUCAUGGAGACGAAAAAAUUCUAGAUUAUCGGAUGUUGGUGUUGAUCUCAAUUCGGAGGAGAUUCAAAGCGCUGACGCUAUAGGGCAGAAGUGUGGAGCAGAUGCAGACUUGCAGUUAAUAACCGAACUUUGGAUUGAACCUCAUUCGACGUGCGAUGAGAGCGAGAUUGAAUCGAUGAGAAGUGGAUAUAAACAGAUACGAGAUAUCGAUGAGAAUAUCAUUCGAGUGUUGUCAACGUUGGAUCAGUUGAUGACGAUUUGUGUGCAUCAUUCCAGUUCACAGUUACAGAUCGACAACAGGAAUAAUGAGACACGCUCAAAUGAAGAAACCUUCAUUAAUGUAUCGAACAAUGUGCAGAUCUUCUGCGAGUGUUUCAGUUUGAAUGCGUUGUUGUGUAAUGCACUCGAGCGAGAGCUAAUCUUACUACCGACGUUGACUUAUCAAGACGCGGAUCCAGCCAGCAUCAAGCGUUUGAAGCUUCUUCUCGAGUCCAUGCACAAAGAACUGCUCAGUACGAACAACAUGUGCAUUGAAGUGGACGAUGUGAAGCUUUGGGAUGACAUCACGGCGAGUCUGUAUCCGAGCGAUGAUAAGCACGAUCACAUCGUAUCGUUAUCGCUGUCCGCACAGCCCACUCGCUCGGACUACCCGUAUCCAGCUGAACAUGCUGUCACCCCGAUUCGAGUCUACAUAUCACGACUGUCACCAUGGCGUUUGGUGAUCACAGUUCUACCAGUAUUGCCCAAACAUAUCUUAUCAAUCGCUAGCAAUAAUCAGCAGCAACAACCGUUCAUACCGUUGCUGGUGUAUCAUGUUGAUGAACCGUGGAUUGCCUAUAAUCUCUCGCUGCUGACUCCUCUGCCACACAAAUUGUUCGUAUCGGAUAAUCGAUGCAAAGAUAAUGACUCAACUCUUGCGCAUCUCAAUAAACAAUUGUGCAGUAUUCAACAACAUCAAACAUCGAAUGAUGAGACAUCAUCCCGCUUCAUAGAGCUGAACUGGCUGUCAGAGGCACGAAUCUGUGCUAGUGAGCACCGAGUCCACACACUCUUCAACUUGCGUUCGUAUUGUGAAUUCAUCGAGGAUCAGUUGUUCUCGAGAGCAUUCAUAAGCGCAGUUUAUCGAUGUUUGGUUGAAGAUGUUUAUGUACCUUACGAGAAUCUAUUAGAAGCGACAGAGGAUCGAUGUGAACAGAUCAACAUUGAAAUCGAUGGUGUUAAUGAAUGCAUUCGCUCUUUGUGCUCACAUUUUGUUCAUUUCACCAGAAUGAAUGAAACGUGCUCAUAUAACGAUGCAUUCGAUUAUCAUCAAUUAACAAGCGCAACGGACAGUUGUAAUGCUGAACAAUGUGAGGAGCGAUCGUGCGAAGAUGAACAAGAGGAUUAUCGUUUAGCGUUCGAAGAACUCAUUUCGAAACAUUUCAGCAUUGGUCCGUCUGAAUCGGUGAAGCGUUACCAGUCAACGUCUUUUCUGUUCACUUUCAGAAAAGUGCCCAAUCUGCCGAACUAUUUCUUCUACGUCAAAGAUGCAAACGCACAAUUACCCGUAUCUCAGAACAGUGCCAAUUUCAAAAUGAAACUGGAAAGUGGACUGGGAAUAGGCUCGCAAAGAGUAUUUCAACAGCACACAAGCACAUAUCCAUCGCAGUUCCAAUCGCGAAGUUCAUUCAGUGACGAUGUCGAGUUUUGCUAUCUGAAUGAGGAUGAUGUGCUGAAUUCAGCGCUGAUGCCGAGCGAUGUUCAUAAUGCGAAUGACAUUUUCCUCGAUAACACACAAGAAUUCAACGAGCAAAACGAACUCCUCAACACCACUCCCACCAGAUCGUCCAGAUCCGUCGAGUCUGCGAUGCUUAGCCCAACCUCAGGACGUUCAACACCCAACAGCAUGUCGGCCUUGUCCACCUCAGCCACAUGCAUAUCCGAGAGUGAAUUGCUGACGGUCGAGGAGAGCGCCAUGGACGCCACCCCACUCUUCCUCAACUUUCAGUGCGCUAUCCGGUUCCCGGAUCAAUCCAUGUUCACAUUUUCGAUUGACCAUCUACCUUCAUGUCUCAUCAAACUACUCGAACAGUGCCCCAACAUACCUCACAAUAUNCAAUUUAUGAACGAUACAGUAGUAACACUGGAUGUGUACGUGUUGUCAUGGCCAUCAAUCCGCAAUAUGACUCUAAACGACCACCUCGAUUCGGUUCUAUCCCUAUCUCCACUCAACUCAUCACCAUCCAAACAGCUUUCACCUCUGAUCUCAAAUACCAAUCUUAGAUGUUUCGAUUUCGAAAAUAGCAGUAUGCGUGAUAACUAUGAUGAUAUGAAUGUGCAGUUGCCUCAAGCGGGAUGUCGUGCAGUGAACGAUUUACGAAAUGGAAUCUGUAGAUUGUUACAAAUGGAGAAGACUUUAGUGCUCUCCAGAUAUGCUGAUUAUCGUGCAUCCACUUUACAGGCCAUUAUCGAUUUCAUCAUUGAUGAGGUAAAGAAAGGACAUGACUCGGAGAGAAUAAAGAAGAGUAAAGUGAGGAUUGUGCUGGUGAUGGAGCAGCAACGAGCACUGAGAAUGUUAAAGGAAAGAUUGAAGCGACUGAAGUUGGAUUAUUGUCAGCUGAACCAGGCUGAUGGUGAUAUGUUCUAUUGCUGUAAUAUCAGCGAUUUGCAUCGAUUCGAAUCUCUUCGCAGCAAAUUGCCAUCGUUACGCAGAAGAGUAUCAUGUGUUGCUCGUAACAAGACUGAAUAUAUCGAACGAAAUAGCAAUUUGACGGACGCUUGUGCAUGCCAAUCUGCAAGUAGUGUGAAUGUGAAUCGAAAUGAAGAUGAGUCGUUUGCAUCGAACGUGAAAGCAUCUCAUAUACAAAAGUCCCGAUUCAGUACCGAUGCGAUAUUGGAACAUCAUCACCACGACGAUGCGUCGUCGCGGUGUAAUCUGCAGCCAGAUGCGCCCAAACUGGACAGAUAUGCUCAUCUACAUACAGCAGUCUAUGAGAGCUUAUGUAAAGCAAUUGAAGAGCAAUGUCGAUUUGUGAAUCAGGAAUUGUUAUUGGAUAAGAUGCAACGGAGUGGUGAAUGUGAUAGUUUGUUGGUGGAUGAUGAGACUUUGUCUCGAAAAUUGGGCAGAGAUGAAACAGUGAAGGAGAUUAGCGAUAGGUUGGCCUCGAAUCGGGAUGGGAACGUAAAGAAUACAAAUGGAAAUGGGAUUAUACCAAACACAAAGUUGACUCGUCACUAUAUUUCCACACAAAGAAUUAUAAAUGCUGUCAGGAAUUAUAGCACUUCAACAUCUUCGUCGUCGUCGGAACGAGGAGAAGUGCUCGAUCCGGUGAAUAUCCUGUCGGAGUUCGCUCGAAUCGAAUACCCGAUCGGUCAUUUUGCUUGUGAUGUCGUCGAUCAUCAUUUCUUUUUCGUUCAUCCUCGACUGCAAAACUACAAACCUUUAUCUUCCAUCCAAACCUCAAGUAGCAGUGCUUCUUUUGCAAUUGGAUUCGAAGCACUACGUCAGGCAAUCGAGCGAUUUGCGGUGCGUAAUCGUCGUAAUAUGUAUGUGUUUCGAGAGGUGGACAGUAGUCAUGUGUUCUACAUGAGAUUACAUAUGAGUCUGAACAGUGUUCGAGAGAAUUGCGUCUUUGAUAUGCACAAAUAUUCGUGGAUGAAGGAUCUGAACGAAAUGCUUCAAAAGAAUAUAUUGUUAACGAUUCACGGCAUCCAUCAGCCCGGUAAGGACCUGAAGGCGAUCAUCGAAGCGAUGCAGAAACGUCUCGAUAUCAAAGUACUCGAUGAGAUUACAAAUACGCUCCAUAAGACGCCUCAAACGAGGCUUACGCCUGAGGAUGUUAUGUUUAUUCAACGUGAUCCAUGUCAACCGGACGCAGUCUACCAUUGCACUUUGCCAAUGUACACAGAGGAAUACCUCGGCUCGUUGUACUUCUACAUCAAACAACAGAUGCUAACGAGUGGCUUGUGUGGAGUGCCGACUGGUGGAUGUGAACGGGGAAUGCAAACGGCACUUGAAAUAUGCACAGUUUACAACCGCUAUACAUUCACAAUUGUAUCCUGGUGGAGGGAACAAGCUGAGAGGUUGGUCGGUGGAGCGAUUCCACGAAUUGACCAGGCAUUAUGCGAUCUAGUGACUGAGUUCGGUCUAUUGGGUAAUGCAGUGCUGGAUUGUCACUCUUCGCCGUUCAAUGCAUCCUCAAAUGCAGCAUCCAUAUCGUCCCGAAGACGUCCCGAACGACAUCCCACUCCUUUGAGUGAUGCGUUACUAGCACCGGGAGUGUUGUCCCCAACGAAAGUGGAUAAUUUACAUCAGUCGUCGAAUAGCACCAUUAACACUACCACUAAACACUCACAACAAAGUCAGUUAUUGAAUCGGAACGAAUUGAUACGUCGAUCGGCGCAAUCAACGCAAACCGUGUUCAAUUUCGAGGAGAAUAAACGGAACUCGUUAACGGGUCUAACGAAUAUCAAUCCGGGAUUGAGCGCGAGUAGUGAAGAUACGCAUAGAAAUGAACUGGGCAUCGGGGUAAUGACCCCAUCGAUAUUCGUGAACCGUCAGUUCAGCGGGGUUGCUCGCGAAUGGUUCGAUCAUAUGGUAUCAGAGGUCAAGAAUCUGAAUGAUCAACAAUUUUCGCUGAAGAAGUUCAUGUUUCAUUUGGACAUUAAGAUAUGCAAAGUGAUAAGUGAUCGAUUGAAAUUGAUACUGAAACGUGAAACGAUAACAUUGUGUCAUCUGGAAUCGAAUACGUCGAAACGAUACUCAGCUGUGCAGUGUGCUGAGUCGUUUGAUCAACCGUUCACCAGUGAUGAUGGUCGCAUAGUAGAUUCAGAGAAUGUGGACAUAAGUUUGAUGUUAAUUGCGUAUCGUACCGACUACUGCGAUGCUCUUUUGCACUUCAACAGUAGCAGUUCUACUGAUACUGACUCCAGUAGUGCUCAGAUACCUCAAAGAUUAUCUGAGGUGAUCGAUAAUGGAGGUUACUUUUUAGUAUUGAACAAUAAUUCAUUCCGAUUCUAUCCGCAGCUGUCUCCAUUUGUACCAAGACAACAGUUACUCUUCUUUAUUGUCCGUGGUGAAGUGGCAUCGUUGUACUUGUACAAUUACUCGAGUAAAAAAGCGGAAUGUGUGCACAGACUGUUCUUGAAUGUGAUCAGAUGGCAGAAUGCACGAUCGAGGUUGUUGCGUGAGAUCGGUCUGCAAAAGAUGGGCAUCACACACCUGUUCGCAUCACUAUCACUAUCACCGUACAGUCAGCACUACAGCAAACGUUCAUCGCUCUCACAGCAAAUCACAUCGCCACCAAUACUGCUCUGGUUGAACGCUUCGCUCCUCUACAAAUACGACUACUUCGCAUUCAACGUUGAUUCAACGUCGUCAUGCCAUCACGCGUCUUCGGAUGUGACUGCCAAGCAGACAUCCCCUGAUCGCACGUUCACCACGAAUGAAAUGCUGAAUGCGAAUCAACUUCGACUCCGCAUCAAAUUGUAUCGUUACUCGAAUGCUUCCUUCUUGGCCAUAAAUUUGAGACCGACCUUCUUCGAGGAUCAAUGUGAACAAAUGUUAAUGAUUGAAAAUGAGAUAAGUGGCCUAAUGGAUGAUCAUGAUCGAUUCAAUAUGGUGCACGAGUCGCUGCUGAAUGGACUGAAUGAGAUCAGUGAGAAGGAUUUGAUAUUGAUCACGAUGCGAAGUCGGGAGGUGCAUUAUGUUAAGUCACCUCUAUUGUUAUUUCCUCGCUGGAGAAGACUCAUUGCCGCCAUUCGAUUUUCGACUGAGAACAGAAAUUUAAGUGAUUUCCGACACUCUCUGAUAGAAGAUGCAUCAACGCGACGUGCAAGUGGCUCGAAACUAUCGAAAUAUGAAGCACCGUUGCAUUACCCGGGCAAAGUUCGUUACUUAUUAUUUCGUUCAACGACAACCAUACCAACAACACUCCUAUCAGACUCGUCAAAUUAUGCAACCGUGAUACCGUGUCAUCAGCAGCACAUCACACUGACUGAUAUUCAUCCGUCACAUUUACGUCGUUUGACCGAUGAAGAUGAUCCGUGCUGUUUGAAGAUUCAGUUCAUGCUUGUUGAGAGUUAUGUGGAGUAUGUGAAAAGACUCGGAUGGCAGUUCGUGAACGUCAAUGAAGUGAGCAUUCCGAACUUGAAAAAGAAUCCGUACACUCUGCGAUAUGAUAUGCAGAAUACUCAAUGCUCACCGAACAUAUGGCUGUUUAAAGUUGCGUUGGGUGGUAUUAUAUUCCUUCAUCUGACUUUUGUUGAACCCUAUUUCAGUGUUCGUAUACUGGUGUGGAACAGAUCGCAAUUGAGUAAUGUGAUUUCGAUCGAAGAGAACGGAGGCAAUCAAACGGAUGAACUGAGGGAAUUGGAAAUAAUGAAGGACGAAAUGGUUUUGAAAGGACAUGUUCAUUCGUUCACGUACGACUUCCAUCUGAGAAUGGUGGCCACUUAUCUGGUUGGUGGACAGCAGGUGCUCUUCAAUCAAGGCUAUAAUACAAACGCGUUCUUGAUUGAUUUCCUUCAAUACUAUGGAUGUAGACCACCGUAUGCUCGAAACUGUGUCUACGAAGAACGAGUUGGUUUUAUUGUGUUAUUAGUCUAUUAUUUAGUGGAAUUUACGGGUCUGCCGGUGGAUGCAGUGUUGAUAUGGGAGUACUUUCUGGUGGAGAGGACAAGUGAAUGGAGAGUGGUACGAUUGAAACCGUUGAAUGAGGAUGCAUCAGAUCAGUUCAUGCUCGUUUCUGAACAGUGCAAGCAAUACUUCGGACAAGCCUACAAAGCCACUCGUGUUGUCCUUCACGAUCAACAAUCCAAACAAUCGUAUGAUCGCUUUUGUUUACCCAUCAAAUUCUAUAUCAUCCUUGUGGCCAGUGAAAAGACUGAACCGUUCACGGAGAAUAUCAAUUAUGAAUCGGAUGUGCAGGUGAACCAUGAAAUGGGUGAAUUCAAAGAGAUGCUGCAGAUAACGAAGGAUGAUGAGAACGAAAUUGAUGACAGCAGUAAUAUUUCAUCACAGUUGGAUUUCACUUCGAACGAUAGAUCAGAAUCGGAAUCGUGGUCAGCCACUCCGAAUGGUCGUCGUCGUUUCUGCAGUGGUGAUCACAUAGCGUCAACGCGUGUCGCUGAAGUCGCACUUGCGCACAAGACACGUUCAGGAACAGACACUACAAGUCGAUCGGCAGAUCGUUACCCAGCAACCAAUGAGAACACCAACCCCAGAUUGUCAAUCCAGAAGAGUGCACCUCGACGGCAUCGAAAGCAACUCUCGAAUUGGCUUUCUCGGAAUGAAAAAGAAAACGGCGCAGUGUUGCCUCGAGAGCAGGUGAUCUACGUGCAUUAUCUGAGCAGUCGUCAGCGCAAACUGCAAGAAGAGUUGGAAGGGUGUGUGGAUGAGUACAGAAUUCGACUGAACAAACUGGUCGACGAGGCUGCAUGGCACUGUAAACGCGAUCAGUUAUGGAAUAAAAUGCUGGAAUGCACUAGCAAACAACGUAACGAGGUACCGACGAGCAAUAAGGAAAAAGAUAUCAGUCAUAUGCAGUCAACUAGUGCUCUACCGAAUACUUACAACAACAGCAACAAUACCAGCAACAAAACAACACUUCAACUAACGUCCAGCUCGUUAACCCAUCACCCUCACGCUCCACCACUUGGUCGCAAACCGUCACUCUUUAACGACACGAUUAUGGGCAGUAAUACCAGUAGCAGUGACCUUCUGAAUAUACUCAGAAGUGUGCAAUCGUUUUCGUUAAGCGUGCAAGAUAUUGAUCAUUUGCUCAGCUCGACCACAUCCAUAUCGAUGAUCGAAAUCGAGCCACUACUCAAAGAGAUCACAAAGGAUUUCGAUAUCGAUCCAUUCUUUCGAUUCCUGAUCCUUCAUUUCGGCGAAAAGAAGUGUCGAUUCUUUUGUUCAGACGUUAAAAAGCAUUUGGUUAUAAUGACGAAUAAUGCUCAGCAUUGCGCAUUCUUGAUGACUGUUUUUGCAAAAGAUCAUCUUGAAAUGCGAAUCAUUUUUAAGGACGACAAUGAGAGAGGACUGAAUGAGGCCACCAGCUCGUCAGCAACACAUCAGUCGUCGUCAACAAAUAAACAGUUGGUGAUGUCUCAGCUGGAUGAGCACUUACGAGAACAGUUCACUGAGAUCGUUCGCUGUGCUGCGUCAUUCUGUUGGAUCGAAGUCGUCAACUCGCUACCGUCCACUAAAUUCAAAUUAUAA